AUGGGCUGUACACCUUCACACAGUGACAUCGUAAACAGCGUUGCAAAGAGUGGCAUUCAGUUCUUGAAAAAACCCAAAGCCAUUCGGCCAGGAGGUCCGGGUGGCAGUGAAAGAGGUUCCAUCCCUCUGCUGGUUAAAAACUCCACCUGCUAUGACGCUGGGGAGGGCCUGGCAGAGGAGCAGCCACGUUCCAGGAGGAACCAAACCACAGCUAAAGGUCUUUGUCAGCUCAUGAGAGAUCCUGCUUCAGGCAAAAGGAAAGAUAUGGAAGGACUAAUCCCAGGAACCAAAAGCUUUUCAUCCCAGCCCAACAAAUCCCAAAGCCACAUGGCUAAAGACAUUCCAUUCAAGACACAGGGUUCCCAUGGAUUUCAAGGGGCAGAACUUUCUGGAGAUGAGAGUGAGGAAAGUGGUACCCAAGAUGCUUCCAAAUGGAAAAGGACACCAAAAUGCCACAUGUCAAGCACACAGAGUCACUGCCGCCAAACCAUCCACCCUGCUCAUGGGUCUGAAGGCAAAGUGGACUUCCCGGAGCCGCUGGUAAAGGCCCACCAACAUGCUUAUGCCUAUCUGCACUCCAGCCUCUCCAAAUACGAAGCAAUUCUGCACAUCAUCCAUCAGGCCACCCAGACUCGGGAGCUGCUGCAGCCCAUGGUCAGCUUCCUGCUGCUGUGCUUUGAGGAGAUCAGCCAGCUAUUGAGGGAGAUCUCCAAGGAUGGAGAAGCGCUCCUGCAGGAAGUUAGGGAGGAUCUGGCUUGGCCUUUGAAGAAAAGGGAGCCUCAGGAGCAGCCAGACCUCCUGCAACAGCUGCUGCAGUACACAGUCAGCAAGCUGCAGGGGCUCAAUGGCACGGUGGCCUCGCUCACCAGCAGCUUCCUGGAGGGCUCCAGCAGCUACCUCCACUCCACCGCAACCCACUUGGAAAAUAAGCUGAGCACAAAAAAGAAUGUGGAUGAACGCGUCCUGAGGGCUCUGGGGCAGCUAGAGAGCCUGGCGAGUGGCUGUGGCGACCCUGGAGUGCAGGGUCUCCCCUUAUGCUCGGAGGACAGUGGCAUUGGUGCUGACAGUGAGUCCGUGCAGUCAGGGGACAAGCUGGGCAAGCAAACCAGCUGGGACCUUGCACCAGAUCCUGAAGAAUGGAAGUCAGUGACUUUGCCCCACACAGAGGCCGGGCGGUCAGGACACACCUGGCAACAAAGUUCAUUCUGUAUGGGUUCAGACCGACCCCAGGACUGCCUGUUCUCAGGGGUUUCUGUGGCAAAGGUUCAGCCACAAGCACAGGACGAAGCAAAGAGCCCCUGCCUCUCCAGCACAAACCCAGAAACUAUCACCUCCCUGCCUUUGGAGCUGGGGACAAGCACCUCAAGUGAUUCAUUUGGGAUUGGGGUCCCUGUGGAAGCACAUCUUUCCAAAACCUCCAGACUGAUGGACGCUCCAUCUCUCAGUGACAGCGAGGACAGCAGCUCAGAGGAAGAGGAAGAAGAAAUGAGCAGCAUGAGUGUGUGUGCAUGGCAGGUAAAAGCUCCAGAUUCGAGGCCGAGAUCUUCACCUGCUGACCGGGAAAGCCCAUUUCAGUCCCACUCCAGGAGGCUUAGGAGCCCCCAGGCCCAGGAAAUGAUUCUGAAGAUGAAGAAAGCAAUCAGCGAAAGGAUCAAGUUUGUCCCUGUGCCCUCUGGGCACCAGGACUGGUCGGAGGAGGAGGAGGGGAGAACAGCGGUCCCCCCAAGACCUAGCACGGUCAGUGGCAGCAGGAGGGCCCCCGAGAGGCAGAGGAGGUCCCGGUCAGAGCCGUGUCUCCAGAGUCACGUGGAGGACCCCACCCUUCAGGAGCUGCGAAGGGUCCAGAGGGACCUCAGUCGGAAGCUGGAGGCAUUUUAUGCCCUGGGCACUAAAGGGCAGGGGCAGAGCCAGGAGCAGAUUCCACAGCCCAGAGCAGCAGCCGGGUGGCCCAAUGGCGCCUGCAGGGUCGGUCCAAGCAACACCACCAGCAGGCUCAAGGCAUCCCUCACCAAGAACUUCAGCAUUUUGCCUAGUCAGGACAAGAGCAUCUUGCAGAAAUGCAGUCCUCAUCCUGAGGGUGAACAGGGCAAAGCUGAGAAGCUUCCAGAUGCCACCCUAUCAGGAGAGGUCAGUGAGGCUGCCGGGGCCAAGGACUGGAACGUCAGGACCUGUCCCACCAGAACAUCCGUCAAGAAGCUCAUUGAAACUUUCAGUCCCACGGAGAGUCUGAGGACGCUGGGGGACUCCAAGGACUCUGAGGAAAGUCCCUACCUUAGGAAUAGCAUCAUGCCCCCCAGAUUUCCCAUGUCCAGGGGGCUUGUCCCUUUGUAUCCGAAGCCCCAAAUUUCUCCAGCCUCAGGCAGAGAAUCUCUCAAAAUGGGCAUAGGCUGGAAGCCCUUAGCACCUAUCUUUCCGCCUCUGCCUAAAGCAGCGGCAGCCAAGAGUGGGGAGCUCAGCUGUGAAGUGGAGGGGAACCCUGAGCACCUCCCUCCACCGCCCUUAGAAGUCCUGAUGGACAAAUCAUUUACUUCUCUGGAGUCCCAGGAAAGCAGCAAGUCCACAGAGAGCUCUCCCGAGGAAACCCAGGAACCGGGAGAGGCUGGCCCCACCAGGAGAACAUGGGCUUCCCCAAAGCUGAGGGCCUCUGUGAGCCCCCCGGACUUGCUGCCCAGCAAGAGCACCGCCAGCCCCACCAAGCCUCGCAGCACAGAGCCAGGGAGUGGCAAGAGCAGCUGCCAGCCCAGGAAGCCAGCCCUGGACCUGAGCCACCCACCAGCCACCAGCCACAGCCCAGAGGGGAAGGGUGGGACUUCGAGUCAGAUAGAGAAGGCCGCCAACCUCUACAGGCAGCCCCGGAAGGCAAUUGCCUGGCACCACUGCAGCCCUCCAUCCGGACAGAACAGGACCUCAGAGUCCAGCCUGGCCAGACUGAGGCAGAGCCGAGAGAGAAGCCCCCCCGUGGGCAGAAAGGCCUCUCCCACGAGGACACACUGCGUGCCUCAGGCAGAGAAGAGGCGCCGGAGCCUGCCCUCCUCUUACAGACCUGCCCAGCCAGGCCCCUCUGCUAUGCAGACACCCCCCAGCCCACCACUCAGCCCUGGAGCUCCCAGCCCACUGGUGAGCCCCAGGGUGCUAAGCCCACCAACCACGAAGCGGCGAACGUCCCCACCGUGCCAGCCCAAGCUGCCCAGCCCUCCCCCCGAGAGCCCACCCGCUCAGUGCAGGGUCUCCAGCCCUCCAACCCAGCGCCCAGAAGCAAGCGCCCCUUCCUCAGUUCCCUCCCCAUCACCCCCAAUGUCCCUGUCUCAGGGGCACAAGGAAACAAGAGACUCUGAAGACAGCCAAGCAGUCAUAGCCAAAGUGUCUGGGAACACACAUUCCAUAUUCUGCCCGGCCACCUCCUCUCUGUUUGAAGCUAAAUCGCCACUCUCAACAGCCCACCCACUGUCCCCGGCAGAGGCUGGGGGCCCUCUUGGGAACGCAGCAGGGUGCUGGAGGAGCAGCUCAGGGCCUUGGCUGAGAGCAGACUCACAGCGGAGAGCAGCUCUGUGUGCCCUCAACCCUCUGCCUUUCUUCAGGAGGACCGCUUCUGACCGCCAGCCGGGUGCCCGCCUGCAGCCUCCCGACCCCACCAGUGCCUCCUGUGAAUCCCAGCUCGGCCAAAGCAGCAGCAGUGGGGAGAGCCCUAAGAAGGAUGCAGAACCAGGGAGCAGCCCCUGCGCCCCUGAAUCACAGGGCAGCGGCAGGCAGGCAUCUCCCCCGGAGUUCUGUGUGCUGGGCCACGGGCUGCAACCGGAGCCCCGCGCCGGCCAUGUCCAGGACAAAUUGCAACCAGAGGCACAGCCCCAACAGGAGGAGGUGUCCUGACAGGCUGACGAGGGGCCACACUCAUGCAGUCAGCCCAGAAGGCCACGUGUAACAGCCAAGUGUCCAGCCUGACCCAGAGAUGGUGGGCAAACCAAACUCCUAUUGAGGCUUCCUGGAAAGGCUUGGAAGAUCCGCUGCCCAGCGGCUGUGCUGAAUUUUAAAGUCACCGGUUUCAGUCCCAGAUCCUGCUCUGCCUUGGGGUUCAAAGGUUCACCAGAACGUUAGACCCCACAAUGACAGUAUUUAAUCCUUCAAGUGCUGGCCUUAAUUUG